UAUGUUACCAAUGUGUUACCUAUUCAGAUAAGCACUUUGAUAAUUAUCGUCGUUAUGAUGAAAGCUGGAAAUUAUUUGUAUAAAGCACAAAGUUUUCGAAAAGAGUUGGUUUCCAAUUACCAGUCUAAUUUUAGCGACACAGGAAGCUCAGCAGUAGUAAUGGAUCGUCGUGUGCAAGAAAUCCAACAGCUUCGACUAAAAUUUUCUUUGGUGGCUCACAUCUAUCCUCUUUCUGUGUCUGCCGUGUUGAUUAAUAUUGGUCUCAAAGUGAUGUAUGGAAAUACAAUCCUUCAUUAUGUUGAAGAGUAUUACACAUGUCUUGUGUUGUCCUCAUUCCGUCCUGAACAAUGUCCCAAACAAUAUCUCGACUACCAAUAUCCUGCGUUUUCAAUUCUUUCAUUACUGCUGCAGCAGGCAAUGGUCAUUUUGAUGCUAUUUUUCCUGUUCUCCCAACGAGUAGUUCGCACCGGAUUGUGGGACAUUUCCAUAGGACUGCUCAGACGUGUUUGUUGCAAAGCAUCUUCAUCAGACAUUCAACAGCAUACCAAUGGCCAGAUUUAAUAUUUAACAAUCGUGAUUCAGUUUGCAAGCAGCAGCAGCAGCAGCAACAGCAGCAGCAGCAGCACUGCAGCAGACGAUAAUGUAAAGAGUUGUUGUUGGCUGAUUUAUAAUAUAUGGUGCUAUAUCCAAUAUAUAUUAGCCUUUGCUGCAAAAUGAGACCUAGUGUCUAUUCUGCUGUUGAUGGCCGGUAAUUGAAUCUGUUUUUAUAUAAUAAUUUGGCUUUGCAUGCCUCCAUACAAUUAAAUAAUCUAUAUAGAUAUAAAAUAUUUAGUAUUAAUUUGGUUUUUCGAUGUU